AUGUGGCUGCUCACCUCUUGCAGCGCAGUCUCGGGCUUCCUACCGGCCACUUUUAUUUUCCGCACAAGCUCUCAAGGGUCAAAACAAGGAGUGGAUUCUUCUGUUGAGCAAUCUUUGCUGGUCUCCACUCCGGGUCAUUCAAGGAGAGAGAGAGAUCGUUACCUGAAAACGAGUGGGACAUUGGCCCAAAUUAUGGUGAGUGGUGGCCAGGAUCUCAAGAAUUGGCUUGUUCUUCAGUUGGGAAGCUAUAUGAUGUUGCUGAGUUUGAUCCUUCCCAACAUACACUCUGGCUCAUUUUCUCCACCGGCAUACACUUCCUAUGAGAUUAUUAUUCCGCGGCAGUUGAUAGCACGGGCAGGAAAAGCCAAGAAAGAUGAACUUUCCUAUAUCAUCACCACUGCAGGAAAGGACUAUGUCAUUCGACUGAAGCGCAAUACAGGCUUCGUUGUUGAAAAUCUGCCCAUCUUCACGUAUGAGGCCAAGGAGAGGCGGGUGGAGAGUCGGCCCCAUGUCUCCACCGAAUGCUACCACGAAGGGUACGUGGAAGGUGUGGUUGAUUCCUUGGUGGCUCUCAGCAAUUGCUUUGGCCUGAGGGGGUACCUACAAAUCAGAGACAAAAACUAUGGGAUUGAGCCGUUGCAAAAUUCCUCUAGAUUUCAACAUGUCCUGUACCUCAUCCAAAGAGUGGGGGAUCUUGGCUUGGAAGACAGAAAGGAAGCUGACAAAACAAAGGUCCAGGCAGAAGAAAUGGAGAGACGCCAACGGAGAUCCCCGGUCAACGCUCAACCCCACCCAAGCCUUCCCAAAUAUGUCGAGCUCUAUAUUGUAGUGGAUAACGCCAUGUUUCUCUACCAAAAAAGAAGUCCUCAAAAAGUGACCCAUUUAGUCAUGGAUAUCGUGAACAUGGUGGACGUCAAUUUCCGUCAGCUCAACACGCAGCUGGUCCUGAUGGGGCUCGAGAUCUGGAACAGGGGCAAUCGGAUCAACGAUUCAGACGAUCUCGCCACGCUUCUUCACCACUUCAACGAAUGGCGGUUGAGCUCUCUGGCCAAUCUGACCAGACACGACACCGCCCACUUGUUCAUCCGCAGAAAUGCCGGCCGAGUCUUUGGGGAGUCUUUCGAAGGGGCCGUCUGCAACCCGGCUCUUUCUGCAGGGGUGGAAGCCUACGUGGGGGACCACCUGGUUGUCUUCUCUGUGGCCGUUUCCCAUGAGCUGGGCCACCACAUGGGCCUGAAGCAGGACGGACCCAACUGCUUCUGUGGGGCCUACAGAGGUUGCCUCAUGAGCUCGUACCACGCCGAGGUCAGCCGGUUCAGUAACUGCAGCACCCACCGGUUCUUAGAACUGAGCCUAGAAGGAGCCUUGGACUGUCUAACCGACGUCCCUCGGAACGUUUUAGUCCCCAAACGCUGCGGCAACGGGGCGCUCGACGUUGGAGAGCAGUGUGAUUGCGGCGGUGCGGAACGAUGCCGAAGAGACCCAUGUUGCAACGCGGACUGCACCUUCAAGCCCCAUGCCCUGUGCUCCUCCGGACCUUGCUGUCAGGACUGUCAGUUUCUCGCCAGCGGGCACCUCUGCCGGCCAGAGACAGACCAGUGCGACCUUCCGGAGUAUUGCAGCGGCCAGUCUGCGUGGUGCCGGCCCGACGUUUACAUGCAAGACGGCACGCCGUGCAACAACCAGAGGUCCUUCUGCUACGCAAAGCGCUGCUGGGAUCACGACGCCCUCUGCUCCCAGAUCUUCGGAGAAGAGUCUACGGUGGCCCCAAAGAGCUGCUUCCUCGAACUGAACACGGCCGGCAGCCCCUUUGGCAACUGCGGCAGAAGCCACGCGGGGAGGACGUACGUGAAAUGCAGGCCGCAAGAUGUUCUGUGCGGCCGAGUGCAUUGCACCGGGGUCCGAUCCGCACCCACCGACAUAAAGCAUGUAAAAGUCAUCCGGGUGCCGAUCGGGACCGCUCAGUGCUGGGCUACGGAGUAUUCUGGCAAAAUCGAGCACUUCGACAUCGGAGUCGUUCCGGACGGUGUUGGUUGUGGCCCCAGAAACAUCUGCCUCAACCGGAGCUGCGUCUCCACCUCCUUUCUGAUGUCCAGGUGCGACCCGGAGGAGAAGUGCGGCAGACGAGGGGUAUGUAACAACCGCCACAACUGCCACUGCCACGCUGACUGGGCACCCCCCUUUUGCAACACUCGGGGGACCGGCGGGAGCAUCGACGGAGGCUCCCCACUGGCCUCCUGGACCUCGACCUUCUUGAGGCGCACUUUCGGGACGGUGAUUCCGAUUACCGUGUUGGCAAUCGCGGCCAUCAUGGUGUUCGGCCGAGCGUGCACUGUCUUGCCAGUGUUGAACAGGGUGGUGCAAUGGUUGAACAGCGCCAACGCUGGGGGGGGCGGCUCCGUGGUACAGCCACGGGUGCGUAGACUGUGAAAUACGCACGGGACCGAGCGUCUUUCUGCUCCUGGCGAUAAGGGCCUGGGCGAGGCUGGGUCAUGUUCCACGAAGUUGUCCCCUUUAAUGCAUUACCUGAACAAACACAUCUCCCCCCCCCCUGUACACUGUCUGCACAACUAAACAAACAAAAAAA